UUAUGAAGUAGCAACAAAAAUAAUUUUAUGGUUGGGUCACAGCAUGAGGAACUGUAUUUAAAGGGCCAGAAGGUUGAGAAUCACUGACCUAGCCUCUUAAGUGAAGCUAUACCUACCACAAAUGUCCACCCACAUCCAAGGGAAGAAGACCUCUUGAUGGGAGGAGUGUCAGAGAAUUUGUUAACAUACUUUUUAAAUCCUUUACAUAAAGUUGUGUUUUUUUAAAGGAAAUAAAUAGUUCUUUGUUUAUUCAUUUUAAAUAGCUUUACUGAGAGAUAUAUAAGUCAUAUACCACACAUUUCACUCAUUUAAAGUGUACAGUUCAUUAUUUUAAUAAGUUCACAGGGUUAUGUUAGCAUCACUAUGAUCUAAUUUUAGAAUAUUUUUAUCCCUCACAAAAGAAACCCAUACCCACUCCCCUUCUCUUCAGCCUCUGUAAACCACACUUUUACUUUCUAUCUCUGUAGCUUUGCCUGCUUUGAACAUUUAUAAAUGGAAUAAUACAAUAUGUGGUAUUUUGAUACUGGCUUCUUUCAAUUAGCAUGUUUUUGAGAUCAUCAUACUGUAGCAUGUAUCAGUACUUUAUUCCUUUUUAUUGCUCAGUAACAUUCUAUAGAAUAGAUAUUUUAUGCAUUUAUCCAUUGAUCAGUUGAUAGGCAUGCAGGUUGUUUCUACCUUUUUAUUUUAUUUUGUUGUUGUUAAUCCUCACCCAAGGAUGUUUUUUCCAUUGAUUUUCAGAAAGAGUAGAAGGGAAGGAGGGAAGAGAGGAAGAGAGAAACAUCAAUGUGAGAGAGACACAUCAAUAGGUUGCUUCCCCAACAUGCCUCAUCCGGGGUUGGGUAUGGAAUCUGAAGUUCAGGUACGUGCCCUUGAUUGAAAAUCAAGCCAAUGGCCCUUCGCUGCACAGGACAACGCUCAAUCAACUGAGCCACUCCGGUUGGGCCAAACUGUUUUUCAAAGUGUCUGUAUGAUUUUACAUUUCCACCAGCAGCAUUACAAUUUCUUCACUCAUAAAAUUUUGAUAAAGGGGGAAAGCACAGGGAGUAGAAAGUGUGUGGAACUGGGUUUUAAUUUGUAUUCUGCACUCCACUUCACCUCACUGAUAAAAUAAUUUAGCUUUUCUAGUCCCCAUUUUCCUAAGAUUCCUUUCAGUUCUCUAAUUCUUUGAGCAUCUCAUGAGGGGAGGUAAGCAUUGCUAGAAGCAUUCAGGCAAAUCUGGGUGAACAAAGGGAAUGUGAUAAGAUAUAAAAUUAAAUUAAGGUUAGAUUAGUUGAUAGUGGAGAAUCCUUUCCAAUUCUAAAAUUUUAUAAUUCUAUUUUGUGUUUAUGUAUUUAGUAACAUGUGAGCUAAUCCUAUAUAAUAAAGAACUAAUAUGCUAAUUAGACCAAACAGCAGAAUGACUGUCCGGACGACCUUCCGGACGAAGGCGCGGCUGCGAGGGCCAAGCCCCUUGCACGAAUUUCGUGCAUUGGACCUCUAGUGUAAAUAUAAUACUUCAUCUUCUCUCAUCAUCAGUGUAUAAAGGUCAAGGUUGAUCCAAAAGACUACAUGUUCAGUGGACUGAAGAAUGAAACAGUGGGUCGCUUACCUGGGAAGGUGGCAGGACAACAGUUUCUCAUUCAAGACUGUGAGAGCUGUAACAUCUAUAUUUUUGAUCACUCUGCUACAAUUACUAUUGAUGACUGUACCAACUGCAUCAUUUUUCUGGGACCUGUGAAAGGCAGUGUGUUUUUCCGCAAUUGCAGAGAUUGCAAGUGCGCACUGGCCUGCCAACAGUUUCGUGUGCGGGACUGUAGAAAGCUGGAAGUCUUUUUGUGCUGUGCCACUCAACCCAUUAUUGAGUCUUCCACAAAUAUCAAGUUUGGCUGUUUUCAAUGGUACUACCCUGAAUUAGCUUUCCAGUUCAAAGAUGCAGGGCUAAGUAUCUUCAAUAAUAACUGGAGUAAUAUCCAUGACUUUACACCUGUGUCUGGAGAAGUCAACUGGAGCCUUCUUCCAGAAAAUGCUGUUAUUCACAACUAUGUUCCUCUGCCUACUACCAAUGAGCUCCAAGCUGUCCGCAUUUCCACAGAAGCCAAUAGAAGUAUCGUGCCUGUAACCCACGGUCAGAGACAGAAGAACAGUGAUGAGUCAUGCCUAGUGGUAUUAUUUGCUGGUGAUUAUACUAUCGCAAAUGCCAUGAAACUAAUUGAUGAGAUGGUUCAUUUAGGUUUUUUCCUGAUUCGGACAAAGGAAGUAUCCAUGAAAGCUGAGGAUGCUGAGAGGGUUUUUCGGGAAAGAGCACCUGAAUUCCUUCAACUUCUGGACAAAGGUCCUGUUAUUGCCUUGGAGUUUAAUGGAGAUCGUGUUGUAGAAGAUUGUCAAAAUGUUGUCAACGAGAUAUUCAAGAGCACCAAGACGUUUGUGUCACAAAACAAGGAGACAGCAUCUAGAGAUAUAGACGGCUUCUACAACUUUGCUGAUAUACAGAUGGGAAUAUGAAGUGCACCGUGGAACCAGGGACUUGGUAUUAAAGCCCUUCUCACCUUGUAUAUUACCAACGGCUUUUACCAAGGCUAACAUUGUUAAAGUUGAUUCUUCAAUAAAUUAUUAAAUACUGCAUCAUUUA